AUGGACGACGUGAAGGAGGAGAAACCGUCAGAGACCCCUGAGGGGCCUCUCGCGUCUGGCGAGCAACAAAUUGUGAUAUCCUUGGAGGGAGAGAUUGUCAACGCCUCGGGCCAUGUCGACCAGCUGAAUCGUCAGUAUGGCCUUUUGAGUAUUCUGGGUCUCGCGUUGACGGUGGACAAUGCUUGGGUCGCGCUGGGGACCUCGCUCGCCGUUUCUAUCUACAACGGAGGCGCGGCUGGCGUGAUAUGGGAGUUGUGGAUUGCGGCAUUCUACUACAGCUUCAUCAACGCGUCCAUUGCCGAGCUCGCGUCGUCGGUGCCGUCUUCGGGCGGUGUCUAUCACUGGGCGACCAUCACCGCCGGACCCAGAUGGGGUCGUCCUGUGGGCUUCUUCGCCGGCUCUCUGAACUAUUUCGGCUGGCUCUUUGACCUGGCGUCCAUCGCAUACAUCAUGUCGGAGCUGUGCGUCCAAAUGUACGCACUGUACCAUCCGAACUAUGUCAUUCAGCCGUGGAAUCUCUUCGUGGGCUUGCUGUGCAUCAUCGUGCUGUGUCUGACGGUCACUAUCUUUUUCAACAACACCUUGGCGUAUCUUCAGCAGUUCGGCCUGUUCAUUGUCACCGUAGGCGGCAUCGUCACCAUCAUCGUCCUCGCCGGGAUGCCGUCCAAACAUGCGUCCAACCGAUUUGUCUGGACCGACUUCCAGAACAACACGGGUUGGAGCGGCGGGGUGGCUUUCUUGACCGGUGUUCUCAACGGGGCUUUCACCAUCGGAACAGCUGACGGGGUGACACACAUGGCGGAAGAGCUUCCCAACCCCAAACGCGACCUACCCAAGGCCAUCUUCGCCCAGAUUGGCCUCGGAUUUCUCUACGCCUGGUGUUUCGCCAUCGCCCUGUUCUACGGUGUCAACGACCUCGUCGCGGUCCAGAACAGCAACGGAUCGUUCCCCCUGGCGGAGGCUUACGCGCAAGCGACCGGCAGCCGUGGUGCAACAUUCGGCUUGCUUUUCAUCAUCUUUUUGUCACUUGUUCCCUGUCUGAUCGGGACGUUCUUGACCGUCGGACGGACCUGGUGGGCGCUGGCUCGCGACAACGCGACCCCGUUCGCGGGCUUCUUCUCGCACGUCAACGAACGGCUGAGCUGUCCCAUCGAGGCCACCCUCUUGACGGGUCUGUUGACCAUCGGUCUCUGCGCCAUCACGCUCGGCAGCAAGACCGCCUUCAACGACUUGGCCGGGUCGUUUGUCGUCCUCAGCAGCGUUUCGUACGUCGUGACCAUCCUGCCGAACAUCAUCACGCGGAGGAAGUACAUGCCGGUCGGGCCCUUCAACCUGGGCAAGUGGGGCUACCUGGUCAACGGCCUCGCGGUGGUGUUUAUAAUCUUCUUCGACACCUUCUACUGCUUCCCGUACGCUCUCCCCACGACGGUGGACUCGAUGAACUACAACUCGGUCAUCCUGGUCGGGGUGGUCGCGCUCACGACGUUCUGGUGGUUCUUCCACGCCAUCCGCAAGUACGACGGGCCCAACGUGGGCAAGAUGAUCCAGGCGAACACCAUGGAGGCGCGCCGAGCGUCAAAGGUAUAG